ACGAGCUGAUCAUACAAAACCUUACUUGCUAUUGGAACUUAAACAAGCAGCCUCGCCCAGAUUCACAACGCCACCAUCCACCCAGUCCAGCUCCCAAUCCCAUCUACUCAGUAUCCAUCCAUCGACUUGUCAGUCUGAUCAAUCCAUCAAUCCAUUCCUAUCCAAUCUCUUCUGUAUGCAUCAACAGCUGCAAGAAUGAAAUUCUUCGAGAAUGUCUUCACAUACGACUACUCCUUCCCGGCCGUGUCGCUGGCUUACUUCCUCCGCUAUCCCAAUCCGUACUCUCGCCAUGUCUUAACAACCGAUGUCAUUGACCGCUAUGUCGAUCCAGAAACGAAGCGCCUUCACACGAUCCGCCUGCACCUCAAGAAGUCUAAGGUCCCGUCGGGUAUACUGAAGUUGCUGCCGAAGGGGAUCGGCGGCUCGGACAGCUCGGGACAGAGCUAUAUCCUGGAAACAACCACCGUCGACGUCAAUGAAGGCUGGAUGAAGACCGAGUCGCGCAACAUGGAGUGGACUGGCAUCCUGAGUGUGGUGGAGAAGCAAUUCUACCAGCGCCAGCCGCUCGACGGGGCUCUCGACAAACCCCAGGGUCUUUCUCUCGACGGAAAAAUGAGCGAGCAAACGACCGUCAAGACAACCGUCACGUUCCACUCCCGAUUCGGACAAGGGAAGCUUUUGGGUCGGAGAACGGCGGACACUACCGGUGACCAAGUGGGCGAGAUUGAAGACGAGGCUCCCAGGAGAGGAUUCUUUACGUCGCUGUCCACGGCAGGCAUCCAGCGCACAAUUGAGCUGAUCGGAUUGAACCGUACUCGGGAUGCUAUCGCCAAGAGCAAACAAGGCAUGAAUAUCGUUUUGGAACGUCUGCGCGGCGGUGGCAUUGUCGGUGUCCUCGAGGGCAUGCGCCAGGACCGGGAAGCCAUUGUUGGGGGUGAUGGCCCGUGGAAACGCGUUUGGUUAAGGGGUAACGCGGACGAUGAUGAACAUUGACAUUGAUUUUUGAUCGAGUGGAAGUGAUACACUUGAAAUAACUAUAUAUGCGACAUUCCAGCGUGGAGUUUUGGCGUUUGGGCCAUUUUUUUUUUCGGUUACUGAUUUCUCCAGGACACUCUCCCACCCCCACCCAUGCAUCUUUCUCCUGAUUGACUACUGCUAUCAUGAACAUCACCACCUUCACGUCUUUUUCGACUGAUUGACUACUGCUAUCAUCGACGUCAUUCACACAAGCAUAUUCGAGCAUAUUUGGAAGGGAAAAGAACACGGAACAAUCGUUGUGUAUACUAGGAAAGAAACUGUCUAUCGGAUAUUUUUGAUCUUCCGGAGGCAUCUUGUACAAUAUCAUUAAAGUUUCAGUCAUCUUUUGAACUCACCCGCGGGGCUCGAUGC